CCCGCUUAUAUGCCACCCGCCUCUCACGGCCUCUCGAGAUUGCGAGCAGCGUGCCAUAUACUUCUUUCCAAGUUGCUGCAAGAAGCUUCGGAAGCUGGCUAGCAUGGCGUCAGUGGGAUUUGGCAGAACCGUGGCGGCGGUGGCGCCGGCCUCAUCUUCGGCCGCGGGCAGGAGGCGGCCGCAGCGGUCCGUGCUGGCCGUGCCAGCCGCCACCAGGGGCGGGCAGGCGGCGGCCAAGGAGGAGAAGAGCCUGGGCGACUUCAUCUUCGGCGUCAUCUUCAAGAAAGACCAGCUCGUGGAGACGGACCCGCUCCUCAACAAGGUCGAGGGCGCGCCGUCUGCCGGCAGCACCGCCGUCUCGCGUGCCAAGGCCCGGGGCGGCACCGUGGCAGGCAAGAAGGCCGCUGGCAGCGACGACGGUGGCAGCGGCGGGGGGUUCAACUUCGGCGGGCUGUUCGCCAAGAAAGGCUGAACGUGCGUACGUCCAUGGAUGUUUAAUUCCUGAAACUCCAAGCUGGAAUUGCUUUGGAAACAUUGCGUAUAUACGUGUAUUGCGACCCAAUUGAUUUUUGAUGUGAUAAUGUGAUGUACUUGAUACUUCACACAGCUUUUUGUACUCCCUUUUUUCAGCUCAAUAUGGCAUGGACUGAAAGUAGCUGAUCUUAUUUAA